AUGACUAGCGGGCUCUCGACAUCAGGUAGGGGAGAUGAAGGUCUCCAGGCCAUGGAGGCAAUGCGAUCCCAAAUGGCAAGUUUACGGCGUGAUGUGGAAACGCUGCAGUUGCAACUGCAGCACGAGAGAGCAGAGCGGGAAACUUUUGAGAGACUCGUCAGAAGACGACUACGAAGUGCUCCAGCAGCGGAAAUCCCCACCUCCAACGCAGAACAUGUUCUUCUAGAUGAAGACCAGAUGCGCAAUUUUGACGAGGUCAGUGCCCUGUUGGACGCUGCCAAUAGCACAUCCAACUCGGUUUCGACAACUUCACAACACACCCCAGCAACAACGACUCCCAAAGACGCCAACCCCUAUUUAGAGGAUUCGUUGGAUAAUGCACAUAAAUUGAACUUUGCUGGUUUGGCCGAUUUAUCUACAGACGGGGCAAAUCAUGCUAUGAACUCAAACAUGGCUGCUAGGGUUACUACACCUUAUCCACAAGGUGUCUUGCCGUCAUUAAUUUCGAAAGACUAUGAACAAAAUUCCAAUGGAGAAGACAUCACUUCUCUCAUUAACGAUGCUAUGGCACAAAAUUUGAGAAAACGAACAUUUUCCAACGAUUUUCCCUUGGCUCAGCCUCAAAGAGUUCGAGGUGGUAGCGCCGCUGACGCUAGCCAGUCCUUUGGUUUCACGCCGAACCCGUCAAUUCGUCAGUUCCCCGUCUUACCGCUCAGAAUGAAUACACCUGCGACUCCCAAUUUGAUUCACUGGAAUGGUCCCCCCACACCAUCGUCACAACUCGGGGAACGGGACAUUUUAGAAAAAUGGGGAAUCCGUUUUUCCGAAAAAUAUACCACAAUCAGCGAAGUCUGGAAUGAGUACCACAGAGUCGGCACCAAGGGUGUGUCGAUAAAAUCAUUAGAAGCGUCUUUCUCAACACGAUGGAGGGCUAAUCUCAAAAAGAACGUUAAAAAGAAAUAUAGCAGACGAUUAAUCAUUAUCAGGGCCAUCGAGACGGGCAUGAAGAGAGGUAAAACGCUGGAAGAAUGCAUUUCAAUCCUGGAGACAUUUCUUACCGAGGCAAAGAAGCCCGUUUCGCACUUAUAUAGGAAGGCAAAUUUGCCCACGGAGCUGACUUAA